UCUAGAAUGGAGACCUGGAAGAUUUUUUGGAGCAUCAGCUUCCUUGCAGCUAGUUUUGGAUUCAUCACAUCACAGAGAAUUGUCUGCAGGGAGGCCUCUGUGGGAGACGUCGUGUUUCUGGUGCACACCAACAUCAGGACCCCGUAUGUCCACUACAUGAGGAAAUUCUUGAGCAACCUAGUAGGAGGUUUGAACGUCAGCAGGGAGGCCAUCCAUGUGGGGCUGGUCCUGUACAAUGACAUUCCCCAUUCAGAGUUCCUGCUUUCCACCUACCACCACAAAAACGAAAUAAUGAAACAUAUUCAGAAGCUUCAGUUUAAACCCGGGGGCAACAAGAUGGGUUUGGCCCUGCAGUUCCUUCUAAGUUCUCACUUCCAGGAGAAAAACGGGAGCCGGGCCGGCCAGGGUGUGCCUCAGAUCGCUGUGGUGAUCAGCAGUCAAGCAUCAGAGGACCCUGUGCAGGAACCUGUUGAGGCGCUUAGAAGGGCAGGCAUCCUGCUGUAUGCUGUUGGCAUCAAAGAUGCGGCAUCAAAGGAGCUCAGGGAGAUCGCGAAUAGUCCUCCAGAGAAAUUCACCUCCUUCAUUCCUAACUUCCCUGCGCUGACCCGUCUGGCCCCAGCGCUGCUGCUGGAGCUCUGUGCCACGCUGGCAAAGGCAGCUCAACCUGUAGACCAUGUCUCUCCAGCCUGCAAAGAAGCAGUGUUGGCAGACAUCGUGUUCCUAGUAGACAGCUCAACUAGCAUUGGGCCCCAGAACUUCCAGAAAGUAAAAAACUUCCUUCACUCUGUCGUCUUGGGGCUGGACAUCAGCAGUGACCAGGUCCGAGUGGGACUCGUCCAGUACAAUGAUAACAUCUAUCCAGCCUUUCAACUGGACCAGUACCCUCAAAAGAACGUGGUCCUGGAGCAGAUCCAGAAUCUGCCCUACCGAACAGGAGGCACAAACACAGGGAGUGCCCUGGAGUUUGUCAGGACCAACUAUUUGACCGAGGCAGCUGGCAGCCGGGCCAAGGACAGGAUCCCACAAAUAGUUAUUCUGGUGACAGACGGGGAGUCAAGUGAUGAAGUCCAGGAGGCAGCAGAGUCAUUGAAAGAAGAUGGGGUUUUUGUGUAUGUGGUAGGGAUCAAUGUCCAGGAUGUCCAGGAGUUGCAAAAAAUAGCCAGUGAGCCAUUUGAGAAAUUUCUCUUCAACACCAAGAACUUCAACAUCCUGCAGGGUUUCUCAGGAGGGAUUCUACAGACUCUGUGCUCGACAGUGGAGGGAAGGAUAAAAGAAUUCACCAAGGCCUAUGCAGAUGUGGUCUUUCUUGCCGACACCUCACAGGGCACAUCACAGACCAGUUUCCAGAGGAUGCAGACUUUCAUCUCCAGAGUGAUCGGCUUGCUGGAUGUUGGCAGGAACAAGUACCAGAUUGGACUGGCUCAGUAUGGUGGUCAAGGUCACGCUGAAUUUUUGCUCAAUACCUACCAGACCAAGGAUGAGAUGAUUGCUCACAUCCAAGAACACUUUUUACUCAGGGGUGGCCCCCGAAGGACAGGCAAAGCUCUUCGAUACCUUCAUCAGACCUUCUUCCAGGAGGCAGCGGGAAGCCGAUUUCUCUUGGGCACCCCACAGUACGCAGUGGUCCUUACCUCGGGCAGAUCUGUGGAUGAGGUUCAAGAUGCCGCACAGACCUUGAGGGAGAAAGGCGUGAGGGUUAUGUCUGUGGGUGUACAGGACUUUGAUAGGCAAGAACUAGAAGAGAUGGGAUCCCCAUCCCUUGUCUAUGAGAUGCACGGACAAGACGGAGUCAGACAGAUGAUGCAGGAUGUGAGUGAGAUGAUCCAGGGCACUGGGAAGCCAGAGACCAGGACUGCGCCUGAGCAGGAGGCUCUUGUAGCAUGUCUGAUUGCUAUUCCAACUGACUUAGUUUUCCUAAUUGAGGAGUUUAGCAGGGCUAGGCAAUCAAAUUUCCAGCAAGUGGUCAAUUUCUUAAAGACCACGGUCAGCUCUCUGCGCAUCCAUCCUGAUGUGGUGAGAAUGGGCUUGGUCUUUUACAGUGAAGAACCACAUCUUGAGUUUUCACUGGAUACUUUUCAGAAUGCAAACAAAAUCUUGGAACAUUUAGACAAGUUAACCUACAGGGGAAGAAGAGGAAAGACCAAGACUGGUGCUGCUUUGGAUUUCCUAAGGAAAAGAGUUUUCAUUCAGGAGAAGGGCAGCAGGCAUGGGGUCCAGCAGAUGGCCGUGGUCAUCACAGACAGCAGCUCUCACGACAACGUGUCCAGAUCUGCUUCUCUCCUCCGCAAAGCGGGGGUCACCAUCUAUGUGGUGGGCACCCAGCUUGCCUCAGACAAUAAGGACCUGGAGAAGAUAGCGUCAUAUCCUCCUUGGAAGCAUGUCACCCAACUGGAAUCCUUUCUGCAACUUUCCAUUGUGGAAAGAACCAUUAAGAACCAGCUCUGCCCUGAGAUUACGGGAAGAGGGGCUUCUGUUUCCAGGACAGACCAUGCCCUACAAGAAGGUUGUGUGCAUGUGGAGAAGGCAGAUAUCUACUUCCUUAUUGAUGGAUCUGGCAGCAUCUACCCAGACAAUUUCCUUGAAAUGAAGUCAUUCAUGUAUGAGAUGAUAAAGAUGUUCCAAGUUGGGCCCGACAGAGUACAGUUCGGAGUUGUCCAGUACUCAGAGGGAGUUAGAAUUGAAUUUUUUCUUGACCAGUAUUCCAGUGUGGCAGGGCUGAAGGGAGCCCUUGAUGGCAUCCAGCAGAAGGGAGGCGGCACCAUGACCGGGGGGGCCUUGCAUACCAUGGCUCAGGUCUUCACAGGCACUGCUCGCCAAGAUGUGCCUUGGUAUCUCAUUGUCAUCACCGAUGGUAAAUCUUCCGACCCGGUGGCUAAGGCUGCAGAGGCACUGAGGGGAGGCAGAGUCAGCAUUUAUGCAAUUGGCAUCAGAAACGCAAACACUACCGAACUUAAGGAAAUAGCUGACGACAAGGUAUAUUUUGUCUAUGAGUUUGAUUCCUUGAAGUUCAUCCAUAAAGAGGUGGUACAGGACAUCUGCUUCUCAGAAACCUGUAAGACCAGGAAAGCUGACAUCAUCUUCCUGAUAGAUGGCUCAGAAUCCAUUUCCCCCAAAGACUUUGAAAAGAUGAAGGAAUUUAUGAAGAGGAUGGUGAAUCUGUCUAAUAUUGGUCCUGAUGAAAUUCAGAUUGGCCUCUUGCAGUUCAGCACAAAUCCCCAGGAGGAAUUCAGGCUCAAUAAGUACUCCUUUAAGGUGGACAUUCAUGAAGCCAUCUCAAACGUUCAACAACUGAAUGAUGGCACCCGCACCGGGAAAGCUCUGAAUUUCACUCUGCCUUUUUUUGACAGUUCAAGGGGAGGAAGACCCAGCAUUCAUCAAUAUUUGAUUGUGAUCACAGAUGGGGUCGCCCAGGAUAAUGUGGCUCUACCAGCCAAGGCGCUGAGGGACAGAAACAUAAUUAUUUUUGCUCUAGGGGUGGGAAAAGCCCAAAACUCUCAGCUUUUGGAGAUUACUAAUGACCAGAGCAGAGUGUACUAUGAAGAAAAAUUUGAGUCCCUGCAGAACUUGGAGAAAGAAAUAUUUUAUAGGGUCUGCAUUCCACAAGGGUGUGACAUUGAUUUGUCUCUUGGAAUUGAUCUCUCUACUCCCACAAGGCAAGUUCAACAGAUGCUUCAAAGGUUAUUGCCAGAAGUGGUGCAACAUUUGGACAUUGUUUAUAACGUCUGCUGUAUUGUUUCUGGUGAGGUCAACCCCAAGUUCCGCUACUUGGUUCCUGACUCAAAUGACCAGAUUAUCUUUGACUCAGGCUUUGAGAAGUACAGUGAGGAGAUCAUUCAGAAGUUCUUGGCUAAUCAGUUUGCCAAGAGCAACUAUAUGGAUGUGGAGUUUUUGAAGUCCCUGGGAGAAAGUGCUCUCCAAUUUUCCGCUGCUAAAGUCAAGGUACUUAUAGUGUUUACAGAUGGACUGGAUGAUAAUUUAGAGAGGCUGAAGGAAACAUCCGCGUUUCUCCGCAGCAGAGGGCUCUCUGCUCUCCUCUUAAUUGGCCUGGAAGGUGUGACUAAAUUAGAAGAACUCCAGGAGCUAGAAUUUGGCAGAGGGUUUACAUAUAACCAGCCUCUGAGCAGCACCCUGCCAUCCCUCCCAAGCAUCUUACGGAAGCAAGUUGACACGGUGGCAGAAAGGACGUGCUGCAACAUGCUUGCAAAGUGUUUUGGAGAAGAUGGAUACAGAGGGCUUGUCGGGAGCCUUGGGAGGAAGGGAAAGAAGGGUUUUAAUGGAUUACCUGGACAUCCUGGUGAGGAAGGUGGACAUGGAGAGAGGGGUCCCCAAGGUCUUCCUGGACUCCAAGGUGAGGAAGGAUGCCCAGGUAUGAGAGGACCUAAGGGAGUGAGGGGAUUUUCAGGAGAGAAGGGUGACCCUGGUGAGGAAGGUCUUGAUGGCUUGAAUGGAGAACAGGGUAGUCGUGGUGUCCCAGGGUCACUUGGAGAAAAAGGAAAUACGGGAAAUCGGGGCUUGGCAGGACCGCCGGGACAACCUGGAGAAUAUGGGGAGCCUGGACUGAGGGGUGAUCCUGGGAAUCCUGGAGUUGAUAGUUACAUCCCAGGUCCUAAGGGAGAAAAAGGAAGGCGUGGACUUCAGGGACGUUCAAGUUUUGAUGGGCUUCAGGGGAAAGCAGGAGAUGUUGGCCCUCAGGGAUCAAGAGGAAGACGAGGUCAGCUGGGGUUGAAGGGUAUCCGUGGAGAAUCUGGUGGACAGGGCCAUGAUGGAGAGCAUGGGCAUCCAGGCUCACAGGGACUGAGAGGAAGGCAAGGACCACCAGGAAUUUUUGGACAAAAAGGCUUGUUGGGUGCUCAGGGGAAUCCUGGGUUUCCAGGACCAAAUGGUUCGAAGGGAAAAGCUGGACCAAGAGGAAUGAAGGGAGAGGUUGGUGAUCCAGGAAGAAAAGGCUCACAGGGUCGACAAGGACCAAGAGGGCAACCAGGUGCUCUUGGUCCAGAUGGAUAUGGACGUCCGGGAAGAAAGGGAACAAAGGGUGGACUUGGAUUUCCUGGCUAUCCUGGGGCACAAGGAGAAGUUGGGGACCCAGGCCGCCAAGGAGAGAAGGGGGCAAAGGGCCUCAGAGGGACAAGGGGCAAUGCUGGCUUUCCUGGAUUUGUUGGAACUCCAGGUGACCAAGGCCUAUCAGGACCAAUGGGUGUCAAGGGCCCCAAAGGUGUGACAGAUAUGACGCCUUGUGAGAUUGUUGAGUUCACUCGAAAAAAUUGCCCUGUUUCUAAAUGCCCAGUGUUCCCAACCGAAGUGGUCUUCGCCUUGGACAUGUCAAAUGGCAUCUCCCAGGUGGAUUUUGAGAGGAUGAAAAACAUUGUAUUAUCUCUGGUGAUGAAGAUGGAAAUAAGUGAGAGUAACUGUCCCACAGGUGCCCGAGUGGCCAUCGUUUCUUACAGUACCAAAACGGACUACCUGAUCCGCUUCUCAGACUACAAGGGGAAACCCGCACUCCUGCAGGCCAUUGAGACGAUCCCCCUGGCGCGGUCAUCUGGCAUCAGGAACCUUGGGGGCACCAUGAAGUUCAUGGCAAGACAUUUGUUCAAGCGUGUGCGCUCGGGCCUUCUCAUGAGGAAGGUGGCCGUGUUCUUCCAGGCGGGCUGGGCCUACGACGCGGAUGCCAUCAACACGGCCAUCCUGGAGCUUAGUGCCCUGGACAUCCACUCCACCAUCAUCACCUUCACGCAGGGGCACAACCUCCCAGAUGCUCUGCUGAUGGAUGGAACCAACAGAUUUCACCUGUUUAUCUGGGAGACGGAGCACAGGCAGGAUGUGGAGCUCAUGGCCCGCUGUGCUCUCUGCUAUGACAAGUGCCGACCAGCUCCAGAGUGUGGGCUGGCCGGGCCCAGGCCCCUGGAGUUGGAUGUGGAUUUGGUGUUCUUGGUGGAUGCUUCCCACAGUGUUGGGACUGAUGUGUACCACACCGCCUUGAGUCUGGCGGCCACUGUGCUGGAAGAUCUGCAGGUGGCUGCACAGCCCAGAGAGUCCUUCCAUGGGGCGCGCGUGGCCCUGGUGACACACACGACUCCAGGCUUCUUGCCAGGCACUGGGCGCCCUCCUGUGCGCGAGAACUUUCACCUGACCACCUACAACCACCGGACACAGAUACAGAGGCACAUCCUGGAGGCCGCAGGCCAAACCCUGCAGGGAUCUCCCGCACUGGGCCAUGCCCUGGAGUGGACCCUGGAGAAGGUGCUCCUGGCAGCCCCGCUGCCCAGGAGGAUACAGGUCCUUUUCGUUAUCGUGGCCAGUGAGACCAGUGUGUGGGACCGGGAGAUGCUAAGGACCCUGUCCCUGGAGGCCAAGUGCAAAGGCAUCACUCUGUUUGUGCUGGCUUUGGGCCCAGGCGUGGGGACCCAUGAGCUGGCAGAGCUGGCCCACAUGGCCAGUGCCCCCUCUGAGCAGCACUUCUUGCGCCUGGAGGGAACCUCGGAUGCAGAGAUGACCUAUGCCCGGGGAUUCAUACGGGCCUUCAUGAACCUCCUAAAAAGUGAAACAAACCAGUACCCGCCCCCGGAGCUGACUGAUGAAUGUGGGGGCCCCAGCAGAGGAGACACUCGGCUGAGACCAUUGUUGGCACUCAAGAGGUCUGCCCAGAGCCGGCUUGACAUACCUGGCUCUGCUGAUGAUCUGAAAACUCUGGAAACAACAGACCUUGUUCCAGAGGAAAAGAGAGAAUCCACAACAGACCUUGAAAUUUUUGAAAUGAACAGAUAUGAUGCUGAAGAAAAUGAAUGUGGAAUGUCCAAACAAAGAGACAUUGGAAAAGAGAGAAAUUCAAGCACUGCUGGUGGUCCUUGUUCCAUGGAUCCGAUGGAAGGCGAGUGCCAGGAAUACAUCCUGAAAUGGUACUAUAACAAGGGGCAGCAGGCUUGCCAGCAGUUCUGGUAUGGCAGCUGUGGGGGCAAUGCCAACCGGUUUGAAACCAAGGAAGACUGCGAGGCUCAGUGUGUCCCAGUGCCCCUCUAGUGACAGAGCGUCACAACUGCUGCCUCUGUUUUGAUAGCUGGUGAAGCCUGAGACCACAUUUCCUGAGCCAGCCACACAGCUCAUAAGUGAAGAAGCCCACGCUAUAGUCUCAGAGGUCAGACUCCUCAACUCCCUGAAAGAUUUUUCUUCCCAGGGAGGACUUGGGUCAGAUGAUUUGUGACUUGAGAAGGACUAAUUCUAGUGUGAAAGGUAACAGAAACUUUCCUGAAAGUUACUUAAAUGAACUUGACUCUAUAAUACUACUUUAAUUUUUUGGGGGGUGGGGGGUGGGGAGACUAUGUAGCCAAAGGAAAAUCUGUAUCAGUAGUAAGUGAAACCUAAUUUGGAAAUAAAUUGAAACUUGAUUUUUUUAAA